GCUGCAAUAAUGUGGUAAGCUUGAAAUAAAUAUGCAGCAAGUGAUAAUUUUUUGUUUGGGGGUAACAGUUGCUGUAAAUGUUGAAGCCAAGUCAACCAGCAUGUUGAGAAGGAGAGGAGAGAGGUCAGUAAUGUCUCCAAAUGGCUUCCAUAUUUCUCUUGUGACAGGCUUUUGUGCAUCUAUACAUUUAUUUUUCCUUUGUCCGUUACAAUAAAUUGAUACUUUUAUUUUUUGAGUUUUAUUUUGUCUCCCUAUAGUUCUUUAAUAAUAUAGUGUGCCAGAUUUGUACAGAAACACUUGUGUAUAAAUAUAUAUCACCUAUAUCUUAUUUAAUGCAAGGCAUAUUCUGGUCGUCUUUACGUUGGGGAAUAAUGCACUGCUGCCACAGUGAUUUUACAGAGCACAGAGUAAUUCCUGUGGAAUUUUUAGAGAGCCGUACACACUGUGACACAUCUGACUGAACUGUGAUUUAUCAAAGUCCAAAGAUCUUUAAGUCAAGCAAACAUGUAAAACUUUUGACAACUAGGAGAGCAUAAAAAGGUUGGGAUGGUGCUACGAUUUAAGGAUGCAAUCGCUCUGUUUUAUAGCUUCAAACCCUAAACAGCGUCAAUCUUUUUGUUAUGAAUAAAUGGAGGUGUGGCCUCACCUACAAUGAAACUUUUAAUAUUGCUUCAAAUUUUCAGGCUUUUCUUAUUUGUUCAUGGUACCAUUGACGUUGUAGGUGAAUUAAAUGGAGUUGUUAUUUUACCUUGUUCCUUUACUCCUGGAAAAGAUGAAGUAAUUCACUGGACUAUUAAUGAAAAUCAGAAUGUGCAUAGAUAUUAUUAUGGCAAAGACGUAUUAAAAGAUCAAGUCAAAAGCUAUGCAGGACGAACCUCACUGUUCUUAGAUCAAAUCAAGAAUGGAAAUGCCUCACUCCAGCUAAAGAAGCUACAGAAAAGUGAUGAAAAGAAAUACUCCUGUUAUGUGUCGACAAUGGAAAAUAAACUCUCCAAAGUGAUACUAGAAGUGCUACUAAAAGUUAAAGCUGCAGUUUGGGGUGAGAUACAUAAAAAUGUCACCAUACCAUGUUCCUUUAAUCCGGGGGAGGAGGUUGUCAUUCACUGGUGGAUCACAAGUGAUGCAUCUCGAAUAGUGCACAAGUACUAUCGAGGUCAGGACAGAUUGGAGGAACAGGAAAAAAGCUACAAAGGACGAACUUCAUUGAUCCUAAGUGAACUGACAAAUGGAAAUGCUUCCCUUCAAAUAAGAGAGUUGCAAGAUGGUGAUGAAAACACGUAUUCCUGCUAUGUAGGAACAAAUAAAGGAAAAAAUGAAGAAAGCGUGAAAUUAAAUGUUGCAGACUUUGGACAUGCAAUCGAAUAUACACUAGACCACAAUGUGCCAAAUCUGAAGUGCUAUGCAAGUCGUGCCUAUCUUGCUGAUACUGUCACUAUAGAAUGGUAUGAGGAGAACCACAAAAUACAGGAAAACAACAGCAACCCUGGUUUAUGUUCUUCCUGUAAUCUAACAAAAAAAACUAACUCCUACAAAUGCAUUAUAAGACAUUCUGUGGUGGAAAACACCUGGACCGGCAUGUGGCAAACAAAUGCAACCGAACAGAACAAUGUUGAAUGCUCAUGCAGGUAUUGUAAAACUGUGAAUGCUGAAAUGUCAGCUAGGUUGUAUUUAAGAAAAAAUACAACAGAGGUCCCUGUGGCAUCAGUGAAUAAUUCCUUACUUGUAAUUGCGGAAGAUUAUAGAAGCAAAGUACAAACAUUGGAAAAAUGCAGGCUGUGCUUAAUAAAUCUCACUGCUAAUGAUAAUGGAGACUAUAUUUGUGAGAUCAGGACUUUAGAUGGAUAUUUUAUAUCUUUGACCUCUGUUAAUAUCACAAAUGCAAACGAAAACCACCAAAGGAAUCGUUGGAUGGUAUUGACGGUAUUGCUGUCUUUGCUUUGUUUUGUAUUGUUUCUUGUUUUUGGGAAACGAAAAUCACUUUCAAGCAGGGGCGUGCAGUCAGGGGAGGCAGGAACAGAAGAGCUAUGAGCAUAAAAAAAUAAAAAACGAUCGACUUGAAGGGUAAUUUUUAAAUAAAAAAAAAAGACUGUAAUAUCACUUUAAGUCGACAACUCGGUGGACUCAAACGUUGAAAAUCUUUAUUAGCUACAUAAGUACAUUCAGUAAAACAAUGCUAACGCAUUUUGGCCAUUGUGGCCUUACUCAUAGCAUAAUAAAACACAAAAUGAUCACAACUUUUAUGGGUUCCAGCAUCUACUGCCCAACCAAUUAAAGAGGCGGAACCCAAUAAUUAAAAUCAUUAGUGAAAUCACCAAAAGGAAAGCACUUAACCAAUGAUGGUAAAUCUAUAUAAAUUCCAAAAAUAUAUCUGGGAGAGGGGGAGGCAUGCACCACAUUCUACUACAGCGAGUGGAUACACACCUUGAACACCAGUUCACUUUCCGGUCUGAACCAUAGAUGGACUUAUUUUUGAAAUAAUAUUCUGUUAGGACAAUGAUGUGUAUUAUUGUAUCUAUUUAAAUAUAAUUAUUGGGUUCCGUCUCCUUUAUUGGUUAGGCAGUAGAUGCUGGAACCCAUAAAAGUUGUGAUCAUUUUGAGUAAGGUCACACCAGCCGAAAUGCAUUAUAUUCAUUUUACUGGAUGUACAGUACUUAUGUAG